AUGGCGGGGGUGGAGGGCCUGUUCUCUUGGUUGGGAGCCUGGUUUGCUCUCUCUCUCUCUCUCUCUCUCUCUCUCUCUCUCUCUCUCUCUGUCUCUCUCUGUCUCUCUCUGUCUCUCUCUCUCUCUCUCUCUGUCUCUCUCUCUCUCUGUCUCUCUCUCUCUCUCUCUCUCCAGCGCUCUGCACAGUCAGCAGUGGAGGACAGUGAUCAGAUCUUUACUGAGCUGAUCCGCUCCAUUGAGAGAAGGAGCUCUGAGGUGAAGGAGCUGAUCAGAGCCCAAGAGAAGGCUCAAGUGAGUCAAGCUGAAGGACUCCUGGAGCAACUGAAGCAGGAGAUAGCUGAGCUGAGGAAGAGAAGCACUGAGCUGGAGCAGCUCUCACACACAGAGGAUCACAUCCAUUUCCUCCAGAGUUAUCAGUCUCUCUCCAGUAUCAGUGUAUCUUCAGACUUACCCAGCAUCGUUGUCCGUCCUCUUCAGUCCUUUGGAGAUGUGAGUAAGACUGUGUCUGAACUGAGAGAGAAACUAGAAGACUUCCUUAAAGGAGAAUGGACCAAGAUCUCCACUACAGUGAAUAUAGUGGAUGUUGUACUGCCUCCAGAGCCCAAGACCAGAGAACAGUUGUUACAAUAUUCCUGUCAGCUCACACUGGACCCAAACACAGCAGACACACGCCUCUCUCUGUCUGAAGGGAACAGAAAGGUGACACGUACAGACCAAGUCCAACCAUAUCCUGACCAUCCAGACAGAUUCACCAACUACAGGCAGGUUCUGUGUAGAGAGGGUCUGUCUGGACGCUGUUACUGGGAGGUGGAGAGGACUGGUGUUGUUCUUACAGCAGUCUCAUAUAAAGACAUCAGCAGAACAGAGACAGAUAGUGGAUUUGGACUCAAUAACAAGUCCUGGAGUUUAAAGUGCUAUAGAGGUGGUUAUUGUUUCAGACACAAUAAUGUUGAGACUAAAGUAUCAGGCCCUCAGUCCUCCAGAGUAGGAGUGUACCUGGAUCACAAGGCAGGUACUCUGUCCUUCUACAGUGUCUCUGACACAAUGACCCUCCUCCACAGAGUGGUUAAACAGACCACAUUCACUCAGCCCCUCUAUCCUGGGUUUAGUCUCUGUGAGGACGCACCCAGUCCCACACUACUUCUCCCGGACCGUCACUUGACUGUGACCUGGCAGGGAGGACGCACUCCAGUCCCACACUACUUCUCCCGGACCGGAGGACGCACCCAGUCCCACACUACUUCUCCCGGACCGUCACUUGACUGUGACCUGGCAGGGAGGACGCACCCAGUCCCACACUACUUCUCCCGGACCGUCAAGACUGUGACCUGGCAGGGAGGACGCACCCAGUCCCACACUACUUCUCCCGGACCGUCACUUGACUGUGACCUGGCAGGAAAGGACGCACCCAGUCCCACACUACUUCUCGGACCGUCACUUGACUGUGACCUG